CCAAGCGGAUGGCUUAUUGUGUUAUGGAUGAUUGAUUGCGUGUCUUUUUCCUCGAUGGCAUGUUACAUUUCUUCUUAGCCUCACUGGUUCGUGAAAUGCCUCCAGUGUGCCGAGAUUUGACGUGCUCUGAGCAGAUCCAUUGACAUGGAGAAAGUUCAAGUUGAAGUCAAGAUUGAACUCGGACACAAAGCUUCUUGUAAGAAAAACCCCAGUCCUGACGGAUUUACACACGACUGGCAAGUUUUUGUACGAGGACCAGGGAGGGAUGACAUUUCCCAUUUCGUAGAGAAGGUUGUGUUUCACUUGCACGAAAGUUUUCCCAAGCCGAAGCGAGGUAGGCCAGGGUAAUUCCUGCUCAACUCUAGCUUACAAACUCCAUUACUCAUGCUCUUGUGAAGCUCUAUUGUGUUAAAAGCUUAGGUACUGUCUUUGUUUCCUAUAUUAUUUUCUUAGCGCUAGUGACAUGAAUGGCUAAUUUUGAUGUAACAUAUGAUAUUAAGGUUUAAUUCAAGGCAUUACCUGGUGUGAUUUGCUGCUGAUUUGCUGCAAAUGGCCACGGCUUAAAUCUGCGUAAAUGGCAUGAAGAAGCUCGAAAAAUUGCAACUGUUAUUGUCGACAAGAUGCUUAUAAAUUAGAUUUGGUUGUCUUUUUAUUUACAAAAGCCAACCUCUUGAAAAGUGGGAUGUUGUGUAGCAUUUCGAUAUAAACACUACCUAAUCAAAAUCAGCGGAGAUAUCCAAGCGUAAAGUUCAAGCUACUUAUCUCGUCUGGUUAAUGUUGUUUUUCAACGUUGCGCCAUUAUCAAGUUUAAAGCUUUAGAAUCGCCAACCAUUACACUGUUCUUGAGGAGAUGUUUAAAUGGGAAGCUCAGUCUUCCUGUUCAAUACAGGAAUUGGACACUUUUCCUUGAAAUAUUUGAAUCCAAAUAAAUCAAUAAACGCGAGAAAAUUUUGCAUGAUUAAGAAAAUUUUGCGUAGAGGUAACAGGGUCAUCAACCCACAAGAUGUGUCGGUUGAAUUAAUUUUCUUGUGAUUGAUGAAAACGAGAACUAGAUUUUAGUGGUAUCGUAACGAAUGCACUGCAGUUGUUAGUGCUAUUGAAUUAACGCUUAUACUAACUUGAUUUCAAGGAUAAGGUUACAUGUAUUGGCCCCUUUGAAAAUAACUGAUUCGGUUUAUUUGCUUUCAUUGUUGGUCUUGUGUAAAUAUUGCUAUCCACAGUUCGUCUCGAACGUUAAACAUUCGAUUGGCUUCUGUUUUUCUGUUUUUACUGUGUUCAGGAAGCUAAGUAGGACAGAUUCGGGUCAUUUAAACCUCCCAGCAUUUCGCGUCUUUGAUUUUAACAGCUGCAACGGAAGAAAGAUAAAUGUCUCUCUGUUCAACUUUUAGAAAGACUGUUUUCUUUAGUGAAACUCAUCUUCGAGGAAAAAUAAUUUGCUGACCAUGAUAAUAAUAUAUCUUAGAAAAGAAACUUUAAAGCAUAUGCCAAAAAUUGGAAUUAAAUACACCGUAGGUAAUAAUUUUGAUGAUGUAGAGUUGAACAGAUCAGUUAUCUGUUGUGUGGAGAGACAAUGGAUCUGAGAUUGCAUCUUAAAUAAUACUUAUGCUCUCUAGUUUGAAUUAAGAGCCCCUGCUUACAAUUUAAUUUUAGGGAGAGUUUCACUGCAACGAGAAUAAGUAACCUUCAAGAGGGUUGACAAAAAAAUGACAUUUUGGUGUAUAAAUGUAAGAAUUCUAUUUGUUUGUCUGCAACUUGCGUAUUCUCAAGACAGCUAAGUUAUCCUAAUGUGUCAAUAUUUUUGAAAGUUUGUGAAAACAAUGUAGCCUUGGUUUUUUUUUUCCAGAAAUUAGAGAAUAAAAUUUCUUCAAUGGAACAAAUUAUUACACAAGGAAUACAUGAAAGUUUACCAAUAUCUCAUUUUGUCUUUAAACAGUAGAACUGAAAAAGCCUUGGUGCAGCUUGUCCAUGCCUGUACCCUUAGAGAAUGCGUAAUGAUAAUAAAAGAACAAAUAAUCUUUAUGAAAGGUGUUUCACACGUAGUCCUCAGAGGGUUCAUGGAAAAACAAGUUACAGUAUAACAUGUGGGCAAAGUAACAUACAUGAUAAAGUUGUAACCAAAGUUUUAAGAAAAAAAAGAUUGAUAUUUUUAGAAAACUGAAUUUAAUGAAUAGUUUACAGCAUAUGAAAUUGUAUCACCCUUGUUUUAAUGAUUAAAAUUAUUAUAUCAAUGUUCUUGCAAGUAGAGCUUAUUGAGAAGCAAAAUCAAGUUUUAAUACCUGUUGUCAUAUUUCUCUUGCAGUUUUGAAGAGUCCUCCAUAUGCUGUCUCUGAACAUGGCUAUGGAAGCUUUUUCCUUCCCAUUGAAGUUUACUUUAAAAACAAAAUAGAACCAAGGAAAUUACAGUUUGACUAUGAUCUCAUCCUUCCUGCCUUUGGCUCCUUGCCGAUUGAUAACAUUCGAAGUGAGGCAUUAACUUUCACAAACCCUACUGAUGAAUUUAAAAGAAAGCUGGUGAAAGGUGGAGGGAUUGUCACAAAAACAACCACAACAAAUGGAUUUCACAGGUACUGUAAAUUAGGAUGCUUUGGAUUUACUUUGCUUGUUCAAGCAGUCUUGUAUUUGCUUGAAUAAGCUUGGGCAGAAAAGUUAAAAAGCACUUCCCCUCCAUGGCUUUCUUAAAAAGAAGGGAUGCAAGGAAAACAAGAGUCUCUGGAGUUAAUCACAUAGUACAUGAAGUAUUGCACUGAUCCAAAAUCUAUUGAUUCAAAUUUGAGUGUUCACUUGACAUAGAAAAUAAUUUCAGCCUCAGUUAGUGAUUUUGUUGCUGGAGCACCUUAAUGGCAAGUGUGGUUCAUUUUCCUUAUUCUGUUUUCAUAUCCCUCUCCAGUUCAUCUCCCCCUGUGAAUGGAUCAAUAUCUGAACAGACCACAGAGACCAAAGACACCCAAGUGACAAACAGCCUUGUGGCUGACGUUCAUGUUAAUCCUCAAGUUUCAUCACUAGCACAAGAUCUUGAUAAGAACAAAAAAUUCAAACAUGAAGGUGCAAUAGCCAACAAGACUGUCAAAACGCAAGAGGCGGCAACACCAGGACUUAAAAGAUCAGCCAGCACAUCAGGAACAGAGGAAACACAAGUGCAGCUGGUUAAAAAGAAGAAAAAGAAACAUGAUGAAGCCAUUGCAAAGCCAAGCAAAGGAGUGGGGUUCAUCCCCUUAGAACUGCCAAGUGCUAGUAAUGAAAGCAAGGACAGAUUGGAAGAAAUGAAAGAUAUCAAGCUAAAAAUAAAAUCACUGUCUUCUAAGAGUCCUGCCGCAGACAAAAAGAAGAAUCGGCAAGCCUUGUUAGAGACUGGAUUAAAUGAGGGAGUACCCAGCAGUUCUAAGGGAAGGGAGUUUACAUCAUCCAAGAAAGCAAAGAAGAAAUCUCCCAAGGAAGAUAUGAAACCAUCUAAACCAGAGGAAAAGAAAGUUGAGAAGAUCACUUUUCGGCGUCGUGGCUCUGGAGACAGCUGGUCAAGUAGCACUUCAAGUUCAAGUCUAUUAGGAAAUUUAGGUGGAAAUAUAAACGUGGCACUUGAUAAACUUAUGGCAGACCUAAGUGAUGAGGAUGAUGAUGAUGAUGGCAAUAGUGGUGACAUUUCUACCCCAUUUCAAUCUAAAACAGUAAACACAGGAACAACACAGAAGUCUGUUUCAGAGAUUAGUGGUACAACACAAAAUAAAGACACUGGCAAUAAGGUCAAGACAAAAAGCAGCUCUCAAGGGAAAAAGCCAGAAGGGAAGAAGAAUGAACUGAAAAGUCCUACCAACAAGAAUGUCUCAGCAAAGCAAAGGUGAAAAUCUACAGUGUUUGGAAUUUAUUUGAUUGAUGACCUCUGAAGUCAUGGAACAGUGGAUCUUCAGAGUGGGGUUUUAAUUGCAGAGGGUGACCUAAACAUAUACAUGUUUUAUAGCACCAAGUUUUGUCUUCUCGGUUUUUUCUGAAAUUGUUAAGAAAAUUAAAUCCCUCCCUUGCAAUGGUAAAUGCUUUGUUCUUCCAAGCGUCAUUCCCUUCUUGAUCAGUGAACACCAUUUCAAUCAGGCCUUCAGUGUGUUUAUGAUCACUUCCUUAGUCUCUAGUGUUGAGAAUUUUGUCUUUCUAGCCCCAAACCCAGGUGUAGAAAGGGCUGAUAAUGCUAUCCAAUGGAUAAAUCACUGUUCAGUGGACAAGUAAUACCAAAACAUACAACACUAUCCACUGGAUAGAGAUUUAGCAGUAUUCAACCUUUAAACAACCAAGGCCUGGUUGUCUAAAGACUUGAUAGGGCUAUCCACCAGAUAGAUUGCUAUCCGCUAGAUAUCAUGGAAUGUUUUGUAAACAUUUAUUCAAUGGGUAGCUCAAACCAGUUUUUAAACAACAAGGGCCAGGACUCAGGUAUCCUAAGAAUGUAUUUACAUUAUUUUCUCGGAGUUUAUAUUAAGUCCAGAUUUUUUCCUAAUCUUGCAAUAGUUUCUGUAAGUGUCAUUAGGUCCACACUCUCUUCUGCUAAUGACUGUAAAAGAGAGAGUGUGUGUGUGAUGCAUGAUAAGCCCAAACAACAGCUGCAAAGGUGAGUAAUGUCCCUGAGACCACAAAAAAUGGUUCAAGCCAGGGCAGGCUUAAGACACACAGUGAUUCACACUGACAUUAAUCCAUGCAAGAUAAAGAAAAUUUCAGCUUCUUGGGAUUUUAGAUACUUAGUCUACAGUUGUCAGUGCUCUGUGUUUGUUGAAUUGUCCUUGAUUUCAAUUUUUUAUGUUUGUCUUGUAGCCCAAAACAACGACAAAAAGACCUAAAGAAAGGAAGCAAUGGACAGCGAACACCUUCAUCUGACUUAAUUCAACUGUACAAGCGUCUUGUAUCAUUGAAAGACUCAACUCUCCUUCAAAAAAUAGUAGACAUUUUAGAGAAAACAGGCCAUUUUGUACUUACAGAAACAACACUGGACUUUGACUUGUGCAGUUUGGACAAAACAACCAUAAAAAAGAUUGAAAAUUCCAUCAGCAGAUAACAUUACCUGGAGAAGCUUGGAGAUUCCAUAUGCCACAGAGGUGGAGAUUCCACAUGCCACAGAGGGAGAAUUUUGGGGAAGCUGUCCUCAUCUCUUUCACCAGUUUUCGUUACACCUGAAUUGGCCUUAGGUUGUACAAGAAAAACUUGUUCAACACCUUGCCUUUUUCUGCUUUGCCACCAAUGUUGUGGAAAGUAGUCUGUAUUGUAAAAAGCAGGACCAGGUACAACAAUGGAAUUAAUCAAUCAAAUUCAAGGAUUCGUGAGUCAGGCCUGCUGAAAUACUUUUAAAAAAAUUAAGUAUUAUAUGCUCACUUUCAGGAGCAGAAAUGAAUAUUGUUCCACUUUAUCUGAUAAAGUAGGCUAAACAAAUGCUGUCAAAAUUUCCACCAGAAAUCCUUACAAGCUUGUUCCUUUAGUUUUUAAUGACAUGUAAACAACAGCUUCAGUAAUGUUUUUUCGUGGUAAUACUGUUUCUUGAAUAUUGCAUUUUACUAACUUAUACUUUUGUGUACUUUGAAGAAUCUGUGUGAAAACUGUUAGAUUGUGGGUCUCAAAUAUACAUUCAGAAUUAGACAACUCAACCUGUCUUAUUUGUAACUACCAAUGAAUUCUAUUUUGAUUUAUGUGGAAAUGACAAAUCACUUUAAUUUGGUAAUAUAGCAUUUAUAGAACAUCUGUUAUAUUGUUUUUUGUGUGUGUGUCUAGACUUUCAUGUCAAAAACUACUUCUGUCAUUGAGGGUAACAAUUCAAAUUUGUUGUGUGGCAUCACAGGAAUAAUAAUUAGAGGGUUUGGUCAAUUAUACCAGUUUUUCUUGUUUGUGGUUAGGGUGUUCUUAGGAUAGAAGUACACCAUGUUUCAUGCAAAAACAUCUUCAUUUUUAGCAGCCAAGUUAAAAAUGAUCAAACUAUCAGACCAAACUUCUAAUUCCAAUACUAUCUCUCUAUUUAUUUGUUAUUAUUUAAAUAAUAUAAUCCUUUAACAUUUAUGGAGUUUAUUCAUCUCUACUGCUAAAACAAGUGUAUUUAUCAAGAAAGAAUAUGUCAGAUUUGAUGGGUUGUUUAGGCUGAAAAGUCAUAAUUUUAGAACAUAACUAACAUAAUUACCAUACAGCUUUCCUUUUAUUCAUUAUCAAAUAUUUGGUCAAUAUUUUUAUGUUGAAUCUCAGCAAGAUUGCCAAGUGGCUUAAAGAUGAAAUUUCUUAAAUGAGAUAGUCUGAUGCUGUCACAGAAUCCUCUGCCUCCUAUAUUGAAUUUAAUAUUAUUAUUACCUAUCUAAGGGGAAGUUGUUACAAGUAUUUCUAAGUUUAAACUUAUAGCUUUUUUCAUCAUUCAACUAUUAAAAAGUUUAUCUAGAUCUGAAAUGGAUUUAAAUUGAGACCAAAGGAUAUUUUUGGCCAUAUCAUGCUAUAUAAUAUGAAAUGUAUCUCUUACUAGUUACUAUUUUAACACUAGUUUGUUUCAGUCUGUUUCUGUAAAAUUUUGUAUCAAUUUUCUUAAACCAAAGACUUAAUUAAGAUUAUCAUUUAUUCAUAGUAACAUUCAUUUAUUGUAGAUUUAAGUUUAUCAGAAUGUAAACUAUAUUAUGGGAAUCAGUUAUGUUGUGAACAAUAACUAAUAUAGAGUCCAAAUGUUUCAGGUAGUUAUAUUUCACAUUAUUUAUUUUGAUUGCAAUUUAGCAGGCAGUGAGUGGCUGACUAGCAUGAAUAACAGAAUUCAGAGAUCAAAAAGUAGGUGUGCAAUUUGACUAUCAUUGGACGGUAUGAUUAUGGACAGAAUCAAAACAUUAAGUGUUAUUACUUUUAUUACCAAUAACAGCAUACAAAAUUUUAGGAAACACCCAACUAGUUAAUUCAUAUCCACAACAAAAAGUACAGCAGUCACCUUUCAUUUUCAAAGGAUGCGUACAGUUCAGAUAGAUGAGUUUGGUCUGGAUGCUUUCCUUCCUUCUUGAGUCAUGCACAUUGUCCCUGCUAGGGCAUAAUAUCCUGAAGUUUUGAUUCACCAAAUGAUCAUUGGUGGGGAUUUAUUUAUCAUUAGAACAUUCAAUCUUUGGAUCUGAAUCUGUGACCUCUUUCCUUUCGACCAAGACUGUUAUUGAUUCUGAUAGAAUUCUGUAUUUGUACUUAUAACUUAUUUUUUAUACUAAUAUGUUUAUAAGGA